AUGAGUUCGGAAGCCGUGUGCCACCUGCAGGAGCUGCAGAUUUACCGGCUGCUGCAGUGUGUGCGUGCACGAGACACUACACAGGUCAAGAAGCUCUUGCGCAAGGGCGUUCAUGGCCUUGUCAACAUCACAGAGCCACAUGAGGGCAAAGGCAUCCUGCACGUGGCUGCGGUAGCUAAUGACAUUGACAUGAUCAAAUUUCUGAUGCUUCAUGGCGCCUGUCCAGAUGUCCAGGACAAGCGAGGACGCACGCCAGUGAUGCUGGCAGCUGAACUCGGACAUGAUGGUGUGGUGGCUCUGUUGGCCCAGAAACAUGCAGAUAUGAAGCUGACAGAUAUAGAAGGGAAAGGUGUGUUAUUCUACUGCAUCUGUCCCACCAAAAGCCACGCACGUUGCCUGCAGGUGGCGCUGAACAACACAGCAGAUGUAAACAACGUGUCCCAUGCAGGCAUGCCACUCUUCCUGCAGGCUUGUGAGAAUGCUCGGGAAUGUGAAGACAUGUGCCUCAGCCUGUUGGAGAGGGGGGCCGACCCCGAUUCUGUCAAUCAGGUGACAGGUCGCACUGCUCUAAUGGAGGCGGUGAGAGCAGGAGCAGUGGGGCUGGUGAGAGCCAUCCUUAAAAGAGGGGCAAAUGUCAACAUGCUGGACAACAAGAGGUUCAACGCAGUUCACUUCGCUGCUGAAGGAGGCUACUUUGAAAUCCUUCAAGUGUUGUCGGCAUAUAUGGCGGAUAUGGGAGUAAUGACAGCAGAAGGAAACACAGCUCUGCACUAUGCUGCCCGAGGAGGCUUUGCUGACUGCUGCAGAUUUUUGGCACUGAGAGGAUGCAAUCCCAAACAGAAAAAUAUGGAAGGCCUGUUACCCCAUCAAAUUGCUAAGGACUUGGAUCAUAAGGACUCAGUGGAGGAGCUUAAGAAGGCUGAGCGUUUGAAUGGGAAGCUUUUAAAGAGCAAUACUAAUGAAUCAUGGGCACUGACCCUUUAUGAUUGGUCUCAUGAAAAUGAAGCUGAACUGCGAAAAGCAUUUGAAUUCCAUUCAAAUGGUAUUACCAACUUAGGGAUGGUGUCUUUUGAGAAUUUCAUCUCUGUUCUCCAAGACUUUCAGGCACCAAUAGAUGACGAACAUGUCCAGAAAAUACUGCUUGCUCAUGACAAGCAUAGGCAAGGUCUAAUUAACAUCAGUGAAUUUUUCAAAGGUCUCAGAUAUCUGCCCAGGACCCUUGUUAUGACUUCUUAUGAACUAAAGAAGACAAAGAAAAAAGCUGGCAAGUCAGGGAAGAGCAAGAAUAAAAGCAAGUUGAAUCUUCCCAUGCCAAUUUACGUCAUCCCACCAGAAAAUGUUUACUGUCAAGAUGACGGGGGACCACCACAUUUCAUGAUUGAGAAAUACCAAUUUGUUACAGACACAAACCGAUUUGAUCAGGACCAUCCACCUAGGCACCCGAUAGAGGAUGACUCAGCCUGGUAUAUGGAUGAACCAGAAAAGACAUACUUAAACAUAAACUACUGUGUUAAAAUUGGAGACGUUGAGUCCCUGAAGAUGGCCUUUAGUCAGAAGGUCCCAGUUGAUGUGAAGGACUGCUUUUACAAGACACCACUCAUGACCGCUUGUGCAAGUGGGAAUUAUGAAGUGACCAAGUUUCUGCUUAAUCUUGGGGCUGACGUGAAUGCAUGUGAUCAGUUCUGCUGGACUCCAUUACACCAUGCCUGUCAUGCUGGAAAACUUGACAUCAUUAAACUAUUAGUGGAAGCAGGGGCAGCAGUGAACACACCCACUUUCAGUGGAGCCACACCCCUAAUGAGGACCAUUCAGAGUUCCAGGCCCUGCUGUGUGGACUACCUUAUCAAGGCUGGUGCAACAGUUACAGCAGAAAACAAGUCAGAGCAAAGUUGCUUGGACAUUGCCCGUGCGUAUGCAGACUUUAGGAUUGUCGAGUUAAUCCAGGCCAAAAUUGACAGCCUUCGUAAGCCAAAGGACCACAAGAAGGAUAAGGCAAUCAAACUUCAGGCCAAUCCAAGACCAGCCAUCAGCACUUCUAUUAAGGAGAAGCAGGGGGCUGUUCCCACACUGCAGGCCUCUGAGUACUUUGCAACCUCGACAGGGAAAACAGAAGCACAAGCCAACAGCGUGAUCCUUCACAGCAAUCGGAUCACCAGUGGAGCACUGAAAAAAGUGGACAUUAGCUUUGUGCCAAAAACAGUGUGGGGCAAAACAUUCACUACCAGCCAGCUGAUGGAGAAGAAGGAGAAAAGGAGACGGUGUUUUGCUUAUGAAGUGGAUUGACAAGAAUGUUGAGAAGAAACACUAGUGCUAUCUUUGAGCAAAAUUGAUGAGGGGUGAAUCGUCAGACUUUCGAGGUGUCACUGCAUUUAGCAAUGUAGAGUAAACUAAAUUCACAACACAAUUCAUUAAAAAAAGAAUUAUUAAAA